AUGAGUAAUGAAAAUGAAAAAUCAAUAGUUGAAUAUUUUUAUAUUGGAGAAAGAGUUAAAGGUGAUGAUGGUAGUGUUGGUACAAUAAGAUAUCAAGGUAAAGUUGAUGGAUUCGAAGGUAAUUGGUAUGGUAUAGAAUGGGAUGACCCAAAGAGAGGUAAACAUCAAGGUACAGUUAAAGGUAAACAAUAUUUUAAAUGUAUUAAUAAAGGUAGUGGUUCUUUCAUGAAAUAUGAAAAACUAAUAAAAGGUGAAACAUUCAUGAAAUCAAUAUCUGAUAAAUUUCAUCAAAAGAUUGAUAACUAUGAUGAUUUAUAUGUUGACUCUACAAAAGAAGAUAUUAAAAUUCAAAUUCAAAUGAUUGGUAUGAAUCAAACUAGAGAAAAUCAAAAGAAAUUCAUUGCGCAAACCUUAUUAUCAGCAAGUUAUUUACCAAUAUCUGAAAUUGAUGAAUCUCCAUUAAUAUAUAAUAAUUUUAAAAAUUUAAUUGAAUUAAAUUUAUCAAAUUGUUUAUUAAAUAGUUGGACUCAAAUUGUAAAAUUAUUGAAACAAUUACCAAAUUUAAAUAGAUUACAUCUUUGUAAUAAUAGAUUAUCUUUUAAUAUCGAUGAAUUUAAAAAAGAGGUAAAUAGCAAUAAUGAAUAUGGUAAUAGUAUUGAUGAUUGUAAUGUUAAAGAUUUAAUUUUAGUCAAUUCAAAUUUAUCAAAUUGGUCAAUCGUAUCAUCAAUUUGUAAAUAUUUAUUUAAAAAUAUUGAAUCAAUUUGUUUAUCCUCAAAUUCAAUUGAAAAUAUAAAUUUAUUUAAAUCAAUACUUAAUAAUGAUAAUGAAAAUGAAAAUGAAAAUGAAAAUGAAAUAGUAGAACAACAACAACAACAACAACCUCAAUAUUUAUUCCCAACUUUAAAAUCAUUAGAUUUAGCAAAUAAUAAUAUUAAAAGUUUUAAUGAUAUUUUAUCAUCAUUAGGUAAUUUACCUCAAUUAACUGAAUUAAAUUUAAAUAAUAACCAAAUCACCGAUAUCGAAUUCAAUGGUGAUGUCGAUGAUGGUAAUAAAAGUAAUAAUGGGAAAACUAACCAAUUUAAAAAUUUAAAAAGAAUAUAUCUAUCAAAUAAUAAAAUCAAUGAUUGGAAAUAUCUUGACAAACUUGAUGAAUUACAAUCUUUAGAUGAAUUAUCAUUUAGAAAUAAUCCAAUCGUUGAUUCUUUAUUAAUAUCCAAUAGCAAUAAUAGCAAUACAAAUGAAAAUGAAAUUGAAAAUGAUAUUGAAAAUAAUAAUAAUAAUAUAAAAAAAGAUAAUAAUAAUAAUAAUAAGAAUAAUAAGAAUAAUAAGAAUAAUAAAACUAUUUUUUUAAAUAGAUUAAAUAUUAUACCAAGAUUAUCAAAUUUAAAGAAAUUAAAUUUAUCAGAUAUUACUUUACUUGAAAGAAAGGAUGCAGAAUUAUAUUUUCUUUAUGAAAAUUAUAAUUCAAUUGAUAAAUUUAAAAACAAUAAAAAAUUGAAUUAUUUAAUUUCAAUUCAUGGUGAACCAGUUUAUACGAAAAUGUCAUUACAAUUGGAAAAGGAAGAAAAUGGAAAGUAA